AUGAUAACCCAAAGAGGAGUGGAAGUUAACCCGGAGAAAUGCGAGGCAAUCUUGCGGAUGAACAGCCCGAGGUGUGUAAAGGAUGUGCAGAGACUGGCGGGAAAGCUCACCGCACUAUCCCACUUUCUCGGCGCAUCGGCUGCCAAAGCCUUGCCAUUCUUCAACUUGAUGAAAAAAGGGAUAGUGUUCGAAUGGACCCCGGCUUACGAGGAAGCUUUCAAUCACUUCAAGAGCAUCAUCUCGGCACCCCCUGUACGCGGUAAGCCCCGAAAUGGAGAGGUGCUAUUCUUGUAUUUGGCAGUAACUGAUGAAACUUUGGCAACCGUCCUGGUACGAGAAGAAGGGAAGAUUCAGCAAUUGGUCUACUUUGUGAGCAAGGCGCUACAGGGGGCAGAACUGAGAUACAGCAAGUUAGAAAAGCUAGCAUACGCGCUCCUGACCUCCUCUCGUAGGUUGCGACAGUACUUCCAAAGACACCAGAUAAUCGUCAGAACGGACCAAGCGAUCCGCCAAGUGCUGCAAAAGCCCGACCUGGCGGGCAGGAUGAUGACCUGGGCAAUCGAACUGUCUGAGUAUGACUUGCAGUACGAGCCCAGACAUGCAAUCAAGGCCCAAGCAAUGGCUGAUUUUCUGGUCGAAGUGACGGGAAGUACUCCCGAGACACCGAACACAAGGUGGAAGCUCCACGUGGACGGAGUCUCCAAUCAAACGUUCGGGGGAGCAGGAAUUAUUCUGGAAAGCCCAACAAGAGUCGUGUAUGAGCAAUCGAUCAAGUUCGACUUUUCGGUGUCCAACAAUCAAGCAGAAUACGAGGCCCUUCUUGGCGGCCUGCAAUUGGCGAGGGACGUUGGGGCAAGCAGACUAGAGGUUAAUGGAACGUAUCAAGACAGGGACUCACUGCUGCAAAAAUACUUGGAGAGGGUCAAGAAGCUAAAUGAGGAGUUUGAUGAGGUCACGGUACAGCACGUUCCGAGGGAGAGGAACACACGAGCUGAUCUCCUAUCAAAACUGGCGAGCACAAAGCUAGGAACGGGCAACCAAUCUCUCAUACAAGGUUUGGUAAAAGAACCAACAGUGACCUUGCAUUUAACCCAAGCAGACCCCUCGUGGAUAGACCCGAUCACUGAUUUCCUAGAAAGCGGUAAACUCCCUAAUGACGAAAAGAUAGCAAAUGCAUUAAGAAGAGAAGUGGCCAAGUAUACAAUAAUACAAGGCCAGCUGUUUAAUAAAGGGCUCAACCAACCCCUAUUAAAGUGCCUACGCCCCGAUCAAACAAACUACGUGUUAAGCGAAGUCCAUGAAGGGUGUUGCGGCCAUCACAUCGGAGGGAAGGCCUUAGCACAAAAACUCGUCAGAGCCGGUUACUACUGGCCCUCAAUGAUGGCGGAUUCCAAAGAGUUCAUGAAGGGAUGCAAAAGAUGCCAGGAGAACGCCAACUUUCACAAAGCAUCAGCAGCUGAACUAAGCCUGCUGAUUGCCUCCCGACCAUUCUCACAAUGGGGAGUCGACCUGUUAGGACCUUUCUCGGUUGGACCUGGACAUGUCAAGUACCUAAUUGUCGCCAUCGACUAUUAUACCAAAUGGGUAGAGGCCGAGCCCUUGGCAAGCAUAUCUUUGGCUAAUUGUCGGAGGUUUGUGUGGAGACAAGUAAUAGCCAGAUUUGGAAUCCCAGAGGUCGUCGUCUCGGACAAUGGGACACAGUUUGCCGACAAGAAAUUCGGAGAAUUCCUUGCCGGCUUAGGCAUAAAGCAAAAGUUCUCGUCUAUUGAGCACUCCCAGACCAACGACCAAGUCGAAGCAGCAAACAAGGUCAUCCUACAAGGCCUCAAAAAGCGACUUGACCGAAAGAAGGGAGCAUGGGCAGAGGAGCUAGCCUCAGUCCUCUGGUCCUAUCGCACAACUCAACAGUCAUCUAUAGGGGAGACGCCCUUCCGGCUCACCUAUAGGGUGGACGCGGUAAUUCCUGUGGAGAUAGGAGAACCGAGCCCGCGACUACUUCUGGGAGGAGUUGAAGAAGCCGUAGAAAAGGACUUGGUGGAUGAAACUAGAGAGAUGGCCCACUUGUCGGAGACAGCAUUGAAGCAGAGGAUGGCUCUGCGUUACAAUGCCAAAGUCCUCAAAAGAGAUUUUGAGCCGAGCGACCUAGUCUUAUGA